AGAAAUUCCCACCAAUAUACCUAGUUCUCGAAAGGCAACCUUCAAUGAUUGGCAGGUCCUUAUAUAAACAUAUAUCAACCAAAACGGACACCUCUUUCGACUUCUGAGCAGUUAAUCAUUUUCAUAUCUUGAGAACAAAUCUACUAAAACCCCUACUUUUGACAAUUGAGAACCCUGCCUUAUCCUCGUUGUAUAUAGAAGACAUCAUGUCAGCACCGCGCGGCUCAGAAUCCAUCAACAAUCCCAAGGGUGAAUUUCAUCCGUCAGCUCCGCGUUCUCCCCCGAUGGAGACACAUGGUCAUAAACCGGGAACAAAGGUGUCUCCCGCAGACUACGCGCCUGAAUUUCACGCACAGACUCUACCUGCUGGUAGUGCUCCCGAGGAUCGAACAUUUGUUUCGCACACUGGCGGCCAGCCGCCGGAAGAACGUACCUCGGCCGUUGAUGCACUUGGGGGUGCAGACUCGCGGGAGCUGAAUAGGGGUCUUGGCCAACCCGUCUGGGGAGAGACUUCAGCGCAACUGCAUCAUGAUGGCCAGACCCAUCAGAAACACCACGGUUCCGGGUUGGAAGGAGUGGGUGCAUCGAGUAGGGAGUACGUGGAGGAGGAGAAGGAGAUGCAGCAGAGGCGGGAUUUUGAGUAGGAGGAACUCAAAGAGAGGGGAAUCGAUGUGAAUAGGGAGUUGAUUGUGGGCGUGAAUACUGGAAUGAUCGCGUCUAAAAGAUGAAGGCCUGUGGCUUGAUCUUUGCAGAUUACUGAAUCUGAUGAUGAAAGAUGAUUUUAAAGCUUGGCUAUGUUAACUAUAACCCUACUUUUCUACUAGCCUAAAAAUGAACUUAUUAUUUGGGAUCCUAAAUGAAUGAAUAAGUGUUAAAAC